CGAUUCUCACUGUCGCCGUGAUUUCUAUUUAUGUUGAUACUGCGAAUGAAGUCAUCAUUUGGUACGGCAAUGGUCAAGGCUGCAGCACUCCCCUGCUGAUGAGAUCUCGGCCAAAAGCCUACGAAACUAGUGCUGACUUCGUCACUUCUGCCGGAUUGAGGUUUUGCACCCGGCUUCUAACCUUACUAAUAUUGGUUAUUGUUGUGAGAACAGAGUGGCGAUAACUCAUAUCUUGUAGCGAAGUCAUGCUUUAAACGCACCAAACGAGUAAACUUUAUAUCAGUUGAUUAAGAACUUUGUGGAGUAGAAGGUGUCUAGUGAAGUUGAUUUGUUGAAAUGGCUGAAACCGCCGGAAAGGUAAUAAAAUGUCGUGCCGCAGUUGCAUGGGCUGAAAAAGAACCUUUUAGUAUUGAAGAGGUCGAAGUUGCACCUCCUAAGGCUCAUGAAGUGCGCAUCAAGAUGGUGGCAACAGGCGUGUGCCACAGUGAUAUUUCUUUUUUGAAUGGUUUGCUUCCGAGUGCUGCAAAGUUUCCAACGAUUCUUGGACAUGAAGGAGCUGGUAUUGUAGAAAGCGUGGGUGAAGGUGUCGAAAACUUCAAGGAAGGGGAUCAUGUUAUUCCUCUAUAUAUGCCGCAAUGUUUCCAGUGUCCCGGAUGCCGUCAUCCGAAAUCGAAUCAAUGCUUAAAAUUGUUUCCACAACAAAUGCAAGGACUAAUGCAGGACGGAACAACACGUUUCACUUGCAAAGGACAAAGUUUGCAUCACUCAAUGGGUAUUUCCACUUUUUCAGAGUAUACUGUGGUGAACGAUGUGUCGUUGGUAAAAAUUAAUGAGGAAGCACCACUAGAGAAAGUUUGCUUGAUCGGAUGUGCUAUAGCCACAGGAUAUGGAGCAGCUUUAAAUACAGCUAAGGUUGAACCAGGAAGUCGAUGCGCUAUUUGGGGUCUUGGAGGGAUAGGUCUGGCAGCCGUGAUGGGUUGUCGUGCGGCAGGUGCUUCAAAAAUCUACGGGAUUGACAUAAAUCCAGAUAAGUUUGAAACCGCACGAAAGUUUGGCUGCACCGAUGUUUUAAAUCCAAAGGACUUCGAAGGAAAGAAAUUUGCUGAUGUCUUAACCCAAAUGACUGGCGGCGGUUUUGAUUACACUUUUGAAUGUAUUGGAAACGUUAACACUAUGUUGGAUGCAGUGGAGUCUACAAAUCGGUUUUACGGAGUAACCGUCUUAGUCGGAAUUGCUGGUCAUGAAAAGAAAAUGGAUUUAUCCCCGUUGCUGAUAGUGUCAGGUCGCACGCUUAAAGGCUCAUUCUUUGGAGGUUGGCGGAGCGUAGAAUCCGUACCCAUGUUAGUUGACGAGUAUAUGAGUGGAAAGAUAAUGGUGGAUGAAUUCAUCACGCAUAAAUUAAAACUAGAUGAUAUCAAUCAAAGUUUGGAAUUGAUGAAAGAUGGAAAAUGUGUUCGAUGUGUGAUACAUUACUAAUCGUUAUGAUUGAACGAAGAUUUGUUUGUUUGCGUUAUAUAUCCAACAGGUUUAUAUAUAUUAGUCUAUGUGAAAAGAAUAUAAUAGAAAUAAAUAUCUUUCGCAACC